UUCCCGCUUUAGCGGAGACUGCAUUCACAGUAUAUGCUGCAUAUGUCAGCUCAAUCGGAAAUUACCUAAAAAUGUUAUCUCGGGAUCAGAAUGAAUAGAGCCCCUAGUUCAGUCUGUUUCUCCACAGCCAGCGAAGCCAGCAGAUUCCCUCUGACAUAGUUCCUCUUUAUUUCUCAAGGGUCAAAUCUCAUCAUAUAUAUUUUAUACCUGCUGCACAUCACUGAAAUAUGCCAGUGAAUGCAAUGCAAAGUAACUCCCUGCUGAUUGUCUAUAAAUACACUAAUUUAAUUUAAGUAGAAUCAAUAAAUUAUACCCUCUUAGGAAAUUAGAUUAUGAAAUAUUUAUGAUGUCAGUAGUUGAGAGAUGCAAUAUACUAAUGGGAGCAUAUUGGAAACGACAACCAUUUUAUCCUGUCUGUUUGUCAUUACUCAAUCUAAUACAAGACAGCUUGCCACAUUAUAAACUGUAAACACAUCCACCGCUGUGCAGUCAAUCAUCUCUAAAAUGAAAGGCCACCACCUUCUCCCUACAUCCCUACUCAAAACCUGCUCAUCAAGCCUGCUUAUGCUUCUCACAACCCUGAUCAACAAGUCCCUGCUGACCGGAGAGAUAUAGUACCAUCAAUCUUCAAAACAGUUGUAAAAGGUUUUCCAAUCUGACUUCUUGCACAGCACCAGAACAGCUCUGAUUAAAGUUACCAAUGACCUGCUGAUUCUGGACCUCCUAGCAUCCUCCUCCUCUUAGAUCUCAGUGCUGCUUUUGACUCUGUAUACCACAUCAUCCUCCUGUGGCAUCUCAGAGAACACACUGCUGUCUUUGGAACAGCUCUGAACUGGUUCUCCUCCUACCUCUUCCAAUAGGUCAUACCAUCACUCUCCCAGCUAGAUGCAUAGAAAUUCAUCCAUGCCUUCUUCUCUCAGAAUGACUACGCCAAUGCGCUGUUUGGGGGCCUCCCAGCUAAAUCCCUACAGAGGCUCCAACUAAUCCAGAACAGUGCUGCCAGGGUCCUGACCAGGACCAAGAAGUCAGACCAUAUCACCCCGAUCCUGGUCCAACUCCACCGACUACCGAUCAACUACAGGAUUGACUUCAAAAUGGUCAUGCUUGUAUUUAAAGCCCAGCGAUCUCAUCUCAAUCAGCGAGCCACCUUGCACUCUCUGCUCCAGCCACUCCCUACUGCUUCAAGUCCUCAAGACAUGUCUCCGAACUAUGGGGGACCGACCCUUCUGGUCCCUUGCCCCUCGCCUAUUGAAUGCUCUCCCUGGCCAUCUGAGAGUUGCACCAUCACUCUGAACUUUUAAAACGUGCCUUAAAACCCACUUCUACAGACUGAAUUUUUUAUAUUCCUAAUCUAAAUUGUAUUUAGCACCCAGCACACUAUUGCUAUUUUAUCUGCCUUGAUUCUAAAUGUAUGUUGUUUUUAUUGUAUAAAUACAGUAUCAAAAAUAACUCCGUAAUGAAAAGCUUUAUACAAAUGUAUUAUUAUUAUACUGAACAAAAAUAUAAACGCAACAAUUUCAACAAUUUUAUAGAGUUACAAUUCAUAUAAGGAAAUCAGUCAAUUGAAAUAAAUAAAUUAGCCCCUAAUCGAUGGAUUUCACAUGACUGGGCAGGGGCACAGCCAUAGGUGGGCCUGGGAGGGCAUAGGCCCAUUCACUUGGGAGCCAGGCCCACCCAAUCAGAAUGAGUUUUUCCCCCACAAAUGGGCUUUAUUAACGACAGAAAUACUCCUCAGUUUCAUCAGCUGUCCGAGUGGCUGGUCUCAGACGAUCCCGCAGGUGAACAAGCUGGAUGUAGAGGUCCUGGGCUGGCGUGGUUACACGUGGUCUGCGGUUGUGAGGCCAGUUGGACGUACUGCCAAAUUCUCUAAAAUGACAGGCUAUGGCAGAGUAUUGAACAUUCAAUUCUCUGGCAACAACUCUGGUGGACAUUCCAACAGUCAGCAUGCCAAUUGCACAAUCCCUUAAAACUUGAUCUGUGGCAUUGGGUUGUGUGACAAAACUGCAAAAAAAAUAUAUAUAUAUAUUUUUUUUUUCACCAGGUAAGCUAGUUGAGAACAACUUUAUGCAUAGACUUAUAGAUGACCUGGGGCCAGUGGGUCUGGCCACGAAUAUGUAGCGAGGGCCAGCCGACUAGAGCAUACAGGUCGCAGUGGUGGGUGGUAUAAGGGGCUUUGGUGACAAAACGGAUGGCACUGUGAUAGACUGCAUCCAGUUUGCUGAGUAGAGUAUUGGAAGCUAUUUUGUAAAUGACAUCGCCGAAGUCGAGGAUCGGUAGGAUAGUCAGUUUUACGAGGGUAUGUUUGGCGGCGUGAGUGAAGGAGGCUUUGUUGCGAAAUAGGAAGCUGAUUCUAGAUUUAAUUUUGGAUUGGAGAUGUUUAAUAUGAGUCUGGAAGUAGAGUUUACAGUCUAGCCAGACACCUAGGUAUUUGUAGUUGUCCACAUAUUCUAAGUCAGAACCGUCCAGAGUAGUGAUGUUGGUCGGGCGGGCAGCGAACGGUUGAAAAGCAUGCAUUUGGUUUUACUAGCAUUUAAGAGCAGUUGGAGGCCACAGAAGGAGUGUUGUAUGGUAUUGAAGCUCGUUUGGAGGAUAGUUAACACAAUGUCCAAAGAAAGGCCAGAUGUAUACAGAAUGGUGUCGUCUGCGUAGAGAUGGAUCAGGGAAUCAUCCGCAGCAAGAGCGACAUCAUUGAUAUAUACAGAGAAGAGAGUCAGCCCGAGAAUUGAACCCUGUGGUACCCCCAUAGAGACUGCCAGAGGUCCGGACAACAGGCCCUCCGAUUUGACACACUGAACUCUGUCUGAGAAGUAGUUGGUGAACCAGGCGAGGCAGUCAUUUGAGAAAACCAAGGCUGUUGAGUCUGCGGAUAAGAAUACGGUGAUUGACAGAGUCGAAAGCCUUGACCAGGUCAAUGAAGACAGCUGCACAGUACUGUCUUUUAUCGAUGGCGGUUAUGAUUUCUUUUAGUACCUUGAGCGUGGCUGAGGUGCACUCGUGACCAGCUUGAAAACCGGAUUGCACAGCGGAGAAGGUACGGUGGGAUUCAAAAUGAUCAGUGAUCUGUUUAUUAAUUUGGCUUUCGAAGACUUUAGAAAGGCAGGGCAGGAUGGAUAUAGGUCUAUAACAGGGUCUAUAACAAGGUCUAUAGCUCAUGAAACUUGGGUCUUGAGUGUCACCCCCUUUGAAGAGGGGGAUGACCGCGGCAGCUUUCCAAUCUUUAAGGAUCUCGGACGAUAUGAAAGAGAGGUUGAAUAGAUUGGUAAUAGGGGUUGCAACAAUGGAGGAGGAUAAUUUUAGAAAGAGAGGGUCCAGAUUGUCUAGCCCAGCUGAUUUGUACGGGUCCAGGUUUUGCAGCUCUUUCAGAACAUCUUCUAUCUGGAUUUGGGUAAAGGAGAAGCCGGGGAGGCUUGGGCAAGUAACUGCGAGGGGUGCAGAGCUGUUUGCCGGUGUUGGGGUAGCCAGGAGGAAAGCAUGGCCAGCCGUAGAGAAAUGCUUAUUGAAAUUCUGGAUUAUUGUGGAUUUAUCGGUGGUGACAGUGUUACCUAGCCUCAGUGCAGUGGGCAGCUGUGAGGAGGUGCUCUUAUUCUCCAUGGACUUUUUGGAGUUAGAGCUACAGGAUGCAAAUUUCUGUUUGAAAAAGCUAGCCUUUGCUUUCCUGACUGACUCCGUGUAUUGGUUCCUGACUUCCCUGAAAAGUUGCAUAUCACAGGGACUAUUCGAUGCUAGUGCAGUCCGCCACAGGUGGCCUUUUAUUGUCCCCGGGUUCUUGAUAUGCCACACCUGUCAUGUGGAUGGGUUAUCUUGGCAAAUGAGAAAUGCUCACUAACAGGGAUGUAAAUAAAUUUGUGCACAAAAUCUGAGAGAAAUAAGCUUUUUGUGCUUAUGGAAAAUGUCUGAGAUCUUUUAUUUCAGCUCAUGAAACAUGGGGCCAACACUUUACAUGUUGCGUUUACAAUGUUUGUUCAUUAUAUACUGUAAAAUAGUUUUUAUUCCAUUGUGCGCUGGAAUACAAUAUUAUACCAUCAUUAAAUAGACCUGACAAUGUUUUCAGAUCCGUUUUUAUUUGCCACAGAUAUUUUCCUUGAAAUAUGAAUACAUUUGUAUGAAUAUGUACUGUAUGAGUAAUGCAUUUUACAGUACAGGCUAAGCAAUGAAAAAAUGGUCUGUUUCAGAAAAUAGUAUAGUGAAACACAUGGAAAUUAUAAUGCAGUAUAUAUGAGUAGCUGUGUUUCUCAUGGACUAUUUUUCACGUCCUCCUGUGAAUGUCACCAUCAACCUGUUCAUCAACAGCUUUGGGUCCAUCACAGAAACCACUAUGGUGAGGGCUUUUUAUCCUCAUCCACCUUUCCUCCAAACAGCGGCUGUUCGCUCACUUUAAUAGACUGUCUCUUUUCUACUGUAACUACCAUAGGACUAUCGGCUCAAUGUGUUUCUAUGGCAACAAUGGAAUGAUCCAUGACUAGCCUAUAAGGAGUACCCUGAUGACUCCUUGGACCUGGAUCCUUCCAUGUUGGACUCCAUCUGGAAACCUGACCUUUUCUUUGCCAAUGAAAAAGGGGCAAACUUUCACAAAGUCACCACAGACAACAAACUGCUGCGGAUAUUUCAAAAUGGGAAUGUCCUCUACAGUAUCAGGUGGCCGAUAUCUCUAAAACAGUGUCUCCUCAUAAUGAUAUAUAAGAGUACAAUUGUGUUAUUUAUAACAUGUGAUCAGUAACAAUAAUUAUCAACACUCAAUUUGAAGCCACAAGUAAGAUUAGUGUACAAAGCUCCCCAUACCUGUCUUCUAGUCACCCUCUCACUAUGUGCUUCUGGUUCUGUGAGUCAGGUUAACUCUCAUCCUGUCCUGCCCUAUGGAUCUGAUGAACUUCCCUAUGGACAUUUAGACAUGCUCUAUGCAGCUGGAAAGCUGUGAGUUUUACCUCUUUUUUAUGCAUUCUUUGCACUUGGCUAGUUUCACUUCCUGGUGCCUCUUUUGCCCCAUUCUCUACACUUGACUAGACAGGCUUUUGAUGUUGACAACUUUGUAUAUAAACUUGCCUCUCCCUCUGUAGCAGGCUAGAUCAUGAAUAAAAGAAACCCGUGUUCUCCCUUCUCCUCUGUGCUCUAGUUGGCUACACCACGAAUGACCUGUGUUUCCAGUGGCUGGACAUUGGCCCUGUGCAGGUGGCUGAUGACCUGAUGCUUCCUCAGUUUGUGUUGAAAGAGGAGAAAGACUUGGGCUGCUGCACCAAACACUACAACACAAGUAGAUUCUGGACUCUCAAUGGAAUGUUAUUGCCACAGUUUGCUUAAUGACAAUGUCUUCAUCUCUAACCAUCUGGCAUCUGCUGGCAGGUAAAUUUGCCUGCAUCAAGGUAAAGUUCCACCUGGAGAGACAGAUGGGUUACUACCUGAUCCAGAUGUACAUCCCCAGCCUGCUAACUGUCAUCCUCUACUGGGUCUCCUUCUGGAUCAACAUGGAUGCUGCCCCAGCUAGAGUGGGCGUUGGUAUCACCACAGUGCUCACCAUGACAACACAAAGCUCUGGGUCCAGGGCAUCCUUGCCUAAGGUAUCUUAUGUGAAGGCCAUUGAUAUCUGGAUGGCUGUGUGUCUUCUUUUUGUGUUCGCUGCACUGCUGGAGUAUGCAGCAGUAAACUUUGUCUCACGACAGCACAAAGAGUUCUUCAGACUGAGGAAAAAGAUCAAAGAACAACAGCGGCAGAGAACUCAGGGAAGUGGAAGUGGUGAGAGCAGCAAAGUGAAAGGUAACAGCGUGCCAGGCAACAACACCUGCCAGGGGACCUUGUUUGGCCCUCAGCAGUGCAGUGUCUGUGCCAGGGUAAAAACGACUAUUUCUCACAUUGACUGGAGUCUAGUUUAAUGGGGAUAUUCCACUGUUUGUUAACUUAGAAAAACAAAAUGGUAGAUCUCACAGUGAUACGGUUGUCAUCGCUAUCUGUUUAAUCUCUCUCGUGAAAUGUAUUCAUCACAAAAUCCAAGUACUUUGCCACAUUAUAAUACUGUAUGUGGAGAAAAUGUUGCAGGUUGAGGGUGACA